UACCGCGCCAAUGGUCACUCUAAUAAACGCCCACCACAGCAAACUCGUUUUUUUGAGUGGAGAAAUGGAGGAAGAAGAGUCGUCGGAGCUCUCGAGCAGCAGUAGUAGCUACAGCACCAGCGAGGAGGAGAGCGUCGGGGAGGAAGAGGAUGAGGACAGCGAGGAGUUGGCCGGGCCCAGGGGCGCCGAGCGAAGCGGCGAGAAGAGCGAGAGGAGGAAACGGCGGCGAAAACUUGCCGGUCGGCGGAGAGAGCUCAGGAGCAAGUACGAGUCGGUGAAAGACUUUAACCCUGAGGCUCGCUCGGCGCAGACGGAGGAGAUAGAGAGAAUACGACGCUUGGAGUUACAGAGAAGCCUACAAGGCGGGGCGCCUAGUGUCGUAGCGCCACCGGUUGAUGGACAGGGAGAGCUAACUAGCCUUCUUGGGAGCGGGCCCGUGUUUCGUAACUUGGCAGAGGAUGAAGAAGAGAGAGAGAGGGUGGUGGACGCGAUUGUCAUUAGUUCGGAUUCGGAAGAAGAGGAGCGGGAGAGGGUGAGGAGGGAGGGAGGAAGGGAAGUGAAGACGGAAGUGGUGGAAGGUGUGAAGGAAGAGAAGGGAGGGAGGUACGAUGUGGUGGGGGAGGAGCGGGACGAUCAGGUGGUAAUCAACUUGGGGCACCCUCCUGACGAGGAAGACGUGACACUGCCUCCUCAGAUUUCACGGAUUAUCAAACCUCACCAGGUGGGUGGUGUCCGGUUCCUGUACGACAACCUCAUAGAGAGUCUGUCCCGAUUCCAUACCAGCACGGGGUUCGGCUGUAUCCUGGCUCAUUCCAUGGGGCUGGGGAAGACCCUGCAAGUCAUCGCGUUUAUCGACAUCUUCUUCCGUUACACUCCGGCCCGCCAAGUCCUGUGUGUUGUUCCAGUUAACACACUUCAGAACUGGGUGGUGGAGUUUGACAAGUGGCUGCCAGACAGAGAGCAAGAGGAGAUGAAGAAGAAGGCUGGGACAGCUUCCACUUCUGGACACAACAAAUCCUCUCGAAGCAAGAACAAGAAGUCGGCUCUCCAGAACGGUCGGUCGUCAAAGAUGGUUGACAGUCAUCUCCAACCUCCCUCGUCCUCCUCGCUCUACCCUGCCCCUAGCAACGGCCUCCUGGCAACAAACAGUGCCGUUUCCAUGCCGACUUCGGGAGAAAACAACAGCUUGUUUGUGGGGGGUGAGGUUUUGACGGAAUCGGACCAGCAACUUUUGCUGAGUGUCAUGUCGUCUACAGACACUAGCUCUGCCCACUCUUCAGGAAGCCAAGUUCAGACCACACCUACUCUACUCGGUGGUGUGUCGGGGUCGCGACCCCACACCCCGAAUCCCGGGAUUGCGAACUCUCGUUCCCAUACGGCCAGUCCGAGUACACCAGAUGUUCAGUACCGGAGUUUCAGACUGUUUGUUCUGUCUGAGACCAGCCGCAGUAUGGAGGCGAGAGUGCGGCUUAUCAAACAGUGGAGGGAGGAAGAGAUCCAGAGAGCUCUGUGUGUUCCUGGGCCCGACCUGAUUGUCUGCGACGAGGGACACCGCAUCAAGAACAGCUACACCGACAUCUCCCAGGCCCUCAAGAAAAUCAGAACAAGACGAAGGGUUGUACUGACCGGCUACCCGCUCCAAAACAAUCUAUUGGAAUACUGGUGUAUGGUCGACUUCGUACGUCCCAAGUACCUCGGCACAAAACAGGAGUUUAGCGAUCUCUUCGAGCGACCGAUUACAAACGGACAAUGCGUUGACAGCACUGCACAGGACGUGCGGACUAUGAGGUAUCGAUCACAUGUACUGCACACUCUCCUCAAAGGUUUUGUACUGCGUCGAGGUCACGACAUUCUCAAGAACGCUCUGCCGAUGAAAUUUGAGCACGUCCUCCUCGUCCGUCCUUCCCCCGUACAAGCAGCUCUGUAUGACUACAACAUGAACAAUCUACAGCAGGGGGGAACCUCUACUACUGCUGGCCCUCUCAAGGGCUUUGCCGUCUGUACCAAGAUCUGGAACCAUCCGGACAUCUACUACAACGAGGCCAUGAAGUUGCCAGACGCCAAGAAGAGCUGUGCGACAAGCUGGCAGGAGGAGGUGGGCCUACCAAAGAACCUACUGCCCAAAGGAGAGACAAACAAGUUGGAAUGGCCAAAUGAAGCCCUAGCAAUGCUCCCACCCUACCAAACUGGUCGCCUUGACAACAGCCCCAAGAUGGUGGUUGCCAUGGAGAUCCUAGACCGCUCGGUCCAAAUGGGAGACAAACUCCUCAUUUUCAGUCAGUCCCUCCUGGCUCUGUCGUACAUCGAGAGCUUGCUGGUGCGGCGUCCCAUUCCCAUUCCCCAUUCCGCCGGUCCUUCGGGCGAGGUCCAGUACUCCGGUACCAUGUGGAGCAAGAACGUCAACUUUUGCAGGUUGGACGGCAGUACAAGCAGUGCAGACAGAGACAGACUCAUAACUGCUUUCAACUCUCCUGCCAACUCUGAGAUGUGGGUCUUUCUCCUGUCCACCAAAGCUGGAUGUCUGGGUAUUAACCUGAUAGGAGCCAACAGAGUCAUUGGUGUACCGGUACGGUCAGACGAAAACCGUGCCACAUCUACCGACUGGUGUGCGACGGGACCAUGGAGAGAAAGAUCUACGACCGACAGAUCUCCAAACAGGGAAUGGCAGAACAUGGCCCUCGAUGCCGUCCACUUUACGUUUGACCAAGUCCUCUUUAUUCUUUGCCAGCACUUCGGUCCACUCCUAACCAAGAUGCCGUUCAGACACGAGUCGCUGCUGUUGGACUCUGCCCACGAGAAAAUGACGGAGGUGGAAAAGAUGUUUGCCAUGAGGGGUUUCCAGCAAGACUGGAACGCUCGCAAACGCAACAACGUCCCUCAGCAGGCUCCUGUCGUAGUGCAUCCUGUCGUAGUGCAUCCUGUUAAAUCGCAGCCACUUCAACAACCUCGUCAACUGGGGUCUCCCUUGACCACGCCCCCUCUGUCACACCCCUCUUUGACCACACCUCCUCAGCCACACCCACCCACUUCUCUCUCAAUUUCGCCGUAUUCCAACACACGAGUCAGCCUCCCUUCCACAUCAUCAAUCACACCUUCCAGCCACGCUGCCCAACUACAUUCCCAUUCCACACUCCAGUACAGUCACAGUCCCGUUCCAUCCUCUGGUAUAGAAAUGGGGUACGGAAAUGCGGCAGUUUCAAACGACAUCAUAUGGUUGGACUCUGACGGUGAAUAUGAUUGGGCGCAACCUCCUCCUAGUGACGCAGCAAUCCCCAACAGUAGCAGCAGUCACACUGCUCAAGCUACCCUAUUGCCCGGACCAAAGGUCCUCACUGUCCCUAUCUCUUCCUCUCUUAACCCCGCUCACCCGGGUCCUGGAGGCUCCACUGGCCAUGCCACCCAGGGAGGCUUCGCGACUAGGGGUGUGUUUGACGCCGCUCUCUCGCAGCUGACCGAGGUUCUCAGACAGAGGGAGGUAGCGGGUGGAGAAAGAAACACAAACGAAACUCCUUCGUUCUUUUCUUCCUCCAAUUCCGGUCCAGCUACUGGUCCGAUUCCGGUACCACAGGCGGGCGGUAUGGGAAUGAGACCUCAGACUAGCCACACUCCAGGGUUGAAUCCCGUAUAUUUUCAUGCUGAUCCUGGGCAGCACUUAACUGCACAUCAUUCUGGGCAACCUCCUCCGUAUUCGGGGCAACCCGCAAUGUAUUUGGGUCAGAGUGGCCCAAAUUCGUAUGAUACCAAUCGUCAGUUCACUACCAUUCCUCGCUCCCAGCCCUCUUCAGACUCAGCAGCUUCAACCAGUCGUCUUCAACUCAGCCCCACGUUUACUUCCCUCCUAAACACGACGACCAACAAUAACGUUGCUCCUUCUCCAGUCCAGCAGUACUCUGAUCUUCCUCUACCUUCCUCUUCUCUUCCCGAUCAUGCCACCCAAGCUCUUUCCAUCUUGGCUUCAGCUGCGUUGAGGGAUCAGGCAAGAACACUACACCAACCAGCCCCCACACAAACAACGUCAUCUGCACUGCAACACAGUAGGCCUCCCGAGGCAGCUGCGUCGCAAUCGGUCUUGGAUAUGAUGGGGUCUCCCCCUCAUCCGUUGUUCAGUCCACCCAAGUUGCCGCUGCACAGAGAAACUGGGGUCUCCAUUGAUUCGUGUGUCACUCGAUCCCCGGCUGCCGUUCAAACUGUUUUUAACUCUCAACCGCCGUUUUCUUCUCCGCCUCACUCUGUCCAAGCAGGCCCCUCUCCGCCCUCUGCUUCUCCCUUUCCUUGCUCCACACCCUCUCCACUUUCCCAACCUCCCACCCCCUCCACCUCCAUUCCCCUGCUCUCCCCAGUUGCUGCUCACCUCUUCCAGGCGCACGUGAUUAACGUGUUGCCGUGGAAACCGUUUAUCGGAAAAAGAAGGGUGUGUCUGCUCGCCAGCUUCAUUGCGCAGCUCUCUCGCAAGGCCAUCUCCGAAAAGAUAAAAUGGGGUGCGGCAGUUCCACGCCGGCCUCUGCUCCGCAGUCCCAGCAAACCCCAGCACCCGCCGCAGGUAAGUCGUUCACCAGGUGAGCCAGCCACUAACCAGCAGCAGUCACAACAGUCUGAAAGACCUGAGUUUGAUGCGCUUGACAACUACCCAGACCUCUCCAAGCACAGUAACCACAUGGCCAAACACCUUACAAAGGAGAUGUACAAAAAGCUGGCUCCCCUUACAACACCCAAGGGCUUCACACUCGACCGAGCCAUUCAGACGGGUGUUGAUAACCCGGGGCACCCCUUCAUCAUGACGGUAGGUCUCGUUGCUGGAGAUGAAGAGUCGUACGAAACAUUCUCGGACCUUUUUGACCCUGUCAUCGAGUCUCGUCACAAGGGGUUCAAGAAGACCGACUCGCACAAGACCGACCUCUCAGCUGAAAAACUGGUAGGUGGUGACAACUUGGAUCCCAAGUAUGUCCUCUCUUCACGAGUCCGAACUGGGAGAAGCAUUCGUGGGUUCUGCCUUCCACCAUUCUGCUCCCGAGCAGAGAGGAGAUGCAUUAGAGAUAUCGUCACUCAUGCCUUGGAAUCAUUCGAGGGUGAGUUCCAAGGAAAGUACUAUCCCCUUGGUGGAAUGAGCGAGGAAGAGCAACAACAGCUGAUAGACGACCACUUCCUCUUCGACAAGCCCGUCUCUCCUCUCCUGCUUGCCUCUUGCAUGGCUCGAGACUGGCCUGACGCCCGCGGGAUCUGGCACAAUCAGGACAAGAACUUCCUGGUCUGGGUCAACGAAGAGGACCACACUCGAGUCAUCUCCAUGCAGAAGGGGGGAAACAUGCGAGAGGUCUUCACUAGAUUCUGCAACGGCUUGGCCAAGUUCGAGGGGGCCAUCAAGAAGGAAGAGAGGGAGUUCAUGUGGAACGAGCACCUCGGCUUCAUCCUCACCUGCCCCUCAAACCUCGGCACAGGGCUCCGCGCAGGGGUGCACCUCAAGAUCCCACUUGCUAGCAAGCUCCCAUUCUUCAAAGCAAUCAUACAGGAGCUCUCCCUCCAAACGAGGGGAGUUGGGGGAGUCGACACCGCACCUGUUGACGGCAUCUUCGACAUCUCCAACUCAGACCGAUUGGGUUUCUCGGAGGUCGAGCUAGUUCAGAAGGUGGUCGAUGGCGUGGAGAAACUGAUCGCAAUCGAAAAGUGCCUUGAACUAAACGCCAUUAUCUUUCCCUUGCUUCCGCCAAAAGUGCAAACCUCAGUUGCAGUGCUGGAAGAUUACCCUGAUCUCUCCAAGCACAACAACCACAUGGCUAGGUGCCUCACGCCACAAAUCUUUGCCAAGCUGGCUCCCCUGAGCACUCCGAAUGGAUUCACUCUCAACAAGGCCAUCCAGACAGGGGUGGACAACCCCGGACACCCCUUCAUCAUGACAGUGGGUAUGGUAGCCGGAGACGAGGAAUCCUACGACACUUUCGCUGAGCUCUUCGACCCUGUCAUCGACGCUCGUCACGGAGGGUACAAGAGAAACGACAAACACAAAACCGACUUGGACCCAAGUCACUUGAAAGGCGGCGAAGACCUCGAUCCAAAGUACGUACUUUCGUCUCGAGUUCGUACGGGAAAAAGCAUCCGAGGGCUUAGCUUGCCUCCGUCCUGCACGAGAGCCGAAAGAAGAGAAGUUGAGAGGGUCACAACCACUGCUCUGGGCAGCUUUGACGGAGGGUUCCAGGGGAAGUACUACCCUCUCAACGGAAUGACCGAGGUAGAGCAGCAGCAGUUGAUAGACGACCACUUCCUCUUCGACAAGCCCGUCUCUCCUCUCCUGCUUGCCUCUCGCAUGGCUCGAGACUGGCCUGACGCCCGCGGGAUCUGGCACAAUCAGGACAAGAACUUCCUGGUCUGGGUCAACGAAGAGGACCACACUCGAGUUAUCUCCAUGCAGAAGGGGGGAAACAUGCGAGAGGUCUUCACUCGAUUCUGUGACGGAUUGGCCAAGUUCGAGGUGGCCAUCAAGAAGGAAGAGAGGGAGUUCAUGUGGAACGAGCACCUCGGCUUCAUCCUCACCUGCCCCUCAAACCUCGGCACAGGGCUCCGCGCAGGGGUGCACCUCAAGAUCCCACUUCUCAGCAAACACGGCAAGUUUGGUUCCAUCCUGAAGAGCCUUCGUCUCCAGAAACGAGGUACGGGAGGAGUGGACACUGAAUCCACCGACGGCACCUUUGACAUCUCCAACUCUGACCGACUCGGCUUCUCAGAGGUGGAGCUGGUGCAGAAAGUUAUCGACGGUGUCAAGCUUAUGAUCGAGAUGGAAAAAACCCUCGAGACAGGGCUCCUGAUCAACAAUCUCAUCCCAGAUGAAAACGGAGAAACGAGGCACCCUGACUACCCCGAUCUCUCCAAGCACAACAACCACAUGGCUAGAUGCCUCACGCCACAAAUCUUUGCCAAGCUGGCUCCCCUGAGCACUCCGAAUGGAUUCACUCUCAACAAGGCCAUCCAGACUGGGGUGGACAACCCCGGACACCCCUUCAUCAUGACAGUGGGUAUGGUAGCCGGAGACGAGGAGUCCUACGACACUUUCGCUGAGCUCUUCGACCCUGUCAUCGACGCUCGUCACGGAGGGUACAAGAAAGACAACAAACACAAAACCGACUUGGACCCAAGUCACUUGAAAUGCGGCGAAGACCUCGAUCCAAAGUACGUACUUUCGUCUCGAGUUCGUACGGGAAGAAGCAUCCGAGGGCUUAGCUUGCCUCCGUCAUGCACGAGAGCCGAAAGAAGAGAAGUUGAGAGGAUCUCAACCACUGCUCUGGGCAGCUUUGACGGAGGGUUCCAGGGGAAGUACUACCCUCUCAACGGAAUGACCGAGGAACAGCAACAGCAGUUGAUAGACGACCACUUCCUCUUCGACAAGCCUGUCUCUCCUCUCCUGCUUGCCUCUCGCAUGGCUCGAGACUGGCCUGAUGCCCGCGGGAUCUGGCACAAUCAGGACAAGAACUUCCUGGUCUGGGUCAACGAAGAGGACCACACUCGAGUCAUCUCCAUGCAGAAGGGGGGAAACAUGCGAGAGGUCUUCACUAGAUUCUGUGACGGCUUGGCCAAGUUCGAGGCGGCCAUCAAAAAGGAAGAGAGGGAGUUCAUGUGGAACGAGCACCUCGGCUUCAUCCUCACCUGCCCCUCAAACCUCGGCACAGGGCUCCGCGCAGGGGUGCACCUCAAGAUCCCACUUCUCAGCAAACACGGCAAGUUUGGUGCCAUCCUGAAGAGCUUAUGUCUACAGAAACGAGGUACGGGAGGUGUGGACACUGAAUCCACCGACGGCACCUUUGACAUCUCCAACUCUGACCGACUCGGCUUCUCAGAGGUGGAGCUAGUGCAGAAAGUUAUCGACGGUGUCAAGCUGAUGAUCAAGAUGGAAAAAACCCUCGAGACAGGGCUCGUGAUCGACAAUCUCAUCCCAGAUGAAAACGGAGAAACGAGGCACCCCGAUUACCCCGAUCUCUCCAAGCACAACAACCACAUGGCUAGGUGCCUCACGCCACAAAUCUUUGCCAAGCUGGCUCCCCUGAGCACCCCGAAUGGGUUCACUCUCAACAAGGCCAUCCAGACAGGGGUGGACAACCCCGGACACCCCUUCAUCAUGACAGUGGGUAUGGUAGCCGGAGACGAGGAGUCCUACGACACUUUCGCUGAGCUCUUCGACCCUGUCAUCGACGCUCGUCACGGAGGGUACAAGAAAGACAACAAACACAAAACCGACUUGGACCCAAGUCACUUGAAAUGCGGCGAAGACCUCGAUCCAAAGUACGUACUUUCGUCUCGAGUUCGUACGGGAAAAAGCAUCCGAGGGCUUAGCUUGCCUCCGUCCUGCACGAGAGCCGAAAGAAGAGAAGUUGAGAGGGUCACAACCACUGCUCUGGGCAGCUUUGACGGAGGGUUCCAGGGGAAGUACUACCCUCUCAACGGAAUGACCGAGGAACAGCAACAGCAGUUGAUAGACGACCACUUCCUCUUCGACAAGCCUGUCUCUCCUCUCCUGCUUGCCUCUCGCAUGGCUCGAGACUGGCCUGACGCCCGCGGGAUCUGGCACAAUCAGGACAAGAACUUCCUGGUCUGGGUCAACGAAGAGGACCACACUCGAGUUAUCUCCAUGCAGAAGGGGGGAAACAUGCGAGAGGUCUUCACUCGAUUCUGUGACGGAUUGGCCAAGUUCGAGGUGGCCAUCAAGAAGGAAGAGAGGGAGUUCAUGUGGAACGAGCACCUCGGCUUCAUCCUCACCUGCCCCUCAAACCUCGGCACAGGGCUCCGCGCAGGGGUGCACCUCAAGAUCCCACUUCUCAGCAAACACGGCAAGUUUGGUUCCAUCCUGAAGAGCCUUCGUCUCCAGAAACGAGGUACGGGAGGAGUGGACACUGAAUCCACCGACGGCACCUUUGACAUCUCCAACUCUGACCGACUCGGCUUCUCAGAGGUGGAGCUGGUGCAGAAAGUUAUCGACGGUGUCAAGCUGAUGAUUGAGAUGGAGAAAGCACUCGAGGAAGGGAAAGGCAUAGAAGAUCUAAUACCAACCGAGUAA